UUGCACCCGGAAGUUGUAGUUCGCCCACAUCUACUAAACAGCUGAUUGGUACACUACUACGUUCUUCGUACAUGUCAAUCAGAUGAUUUUCGCUUUUGUGUCGUGUAAGAAGUGACCAUCAGUUCAAGGCGUGAUGACAUCGUUUUGACUGUUGAUUGCAUCUAUUUGACGUUCCCAUAAAAUGAGAUCUAAUGAGCGGUGUUUUCAAUAUUUGAACUAACAAUUGGCUUUAUGCUUCGGUGAUUUGUGUUGCUAUUCUGUGUAAGAUAGCAUUGCCGGCCGGGGAACUAUGCAAUCAGCAAAAGAAGUGAUGUGUAGCUUUGUUGGGCAUGUAUAAUGCUGCUGCUUCGGCUUCGGCUAUGGAUAACGCUCGGAUAAACAAAGGGGCUGCAACCGGUAACGAUGGAGAACAAAGUGGACAAUGUCACGACUUUGUUUAUAGGGAAGCCUCAAGUGCAGAGCUGCAAAGUCUUCCGAAUGCUGCUGCAUGCCCUGAGGUCAGCGGGUUGCUGUCUUUGCCAUGGGAAAUGGUAACCCACAUUGCCUCACACCUUCCUGCUCACUGUGUCAUCUCUGUGCUGCCAAAGGUCUGUAAUGCUUUGAGCAAUGUCGGGAAGGACAAAACUACCUGGCAGCUGCGGGCACGCAGACUCAUCGGGACGGAAGCUAGCUUUCCAGUGAGGCCGAGGGAAGAUUUCGAUUGGCCUUUUGCUUGCUUGGAAAUGGAGACACUGAUUACCUGCUGGACCAAAGUAGCGCAGGUCGUGACCAAGGAGCCUCGAGCUGAUGCCGACUCGCGAGACCGAAGGGACUUGCAAAAUGGCCAACCGGAUGGAGCGGCUCUUAGGGAGCCCGAGCAGAUGGUGGCUUAUGAUGAUGACGACGACGAAGGGGUGUUUCUUGAACAAAUGGGUGCUCAACUGCCGCCUGUUGUGCAUGAGGCCCGAUUGAGGGAAGUGCUGGAGGGAAGAUUGGCCGAUAAUCCACAAGCGAUGAUCAAGGAAGAUGGGGAUGGCUCUUUAUCUGACCGUCCUGAUCACGGACAAGAUUUGCUUCACCCUGGCUUUCAGGGCAAUGCGGGACUUGUAGAAAAAGAGCGGCGGCAACCCCCCAGAAGUGUGAGUCCGCCGCCAGCCUUGGAAUGCGUCACCCUCCUUUCGGGCCACAUCGCGCAAGUGGACACGGUCCUCUUAAUAGGGGGCCAGGGGGCCGUUUGCGCCACGGGCUCCAGAGAUCGGGAUGUUAAACUUUGGAAUCUGCAGGCGGACUCCAGUCAUAUGUUGAUGCACACGUUGAGAGGCCAGGGCCACUUCAACACCCAUCAGGGCUGGGUGUGGAGUUUGGCAUCUCAGGGACCCCUUCUGGCUUCGGGGGGCUUCGACAGCACCGUCAAGUUGUGGGACCUCCGGGCCGGUGGGGCGGAGAGGGGAGUGAUCAGGACCGAAGCUGCCGUCACCUGCCUGUCCUAUCUGCCAGAUGUCUUGCUGGCCGGAACAUUGAAUGAGAAGAUACAAAUGUAUGACCCUAGAGCCGGCGUUCCCUUGGUGAGGACCCUGCGACACCACAGCUACGCCGUCUUUUGUCUGGCGGCCGACGACAAGUACAUCAUUUCGGCCAGUCGAGAUCGCUCUUUGGUCGUACACGAUCGCAGGGCGGACAAAAGCGUGUAUAAAGUUCGGCUGCGCUCUUACCUGUAUUCCAUGAGCUACACUGACGGCGAGAUUUGGGGAGGCGACAUGGGGGGCAUGCUCCACUGUUUUUCCAUGCAGCAGGGGGUCUGGAAGCACCUGGCACACUUGGAUGUGGGCCACACGGCUAAGGUCACUGGCAUUCACAAGUCCCCUGGAAGCCUCUACACUUGCUCCUCUGAUUUUACUGUCAAGGUGCACAUCCCCUGCGGGCCCCCAAAGACAAUAUGCACCUUGCGCCACCAAGAAGGAGUCUGUGGGCUGAGCGUGGAGGCUGGAGUCCUGGCUGUCGCCUCAAGGGAUAUGUGUGUGGACAUCUGGAGGCCCAAAAAGAAUGACUUUUGACCAAUACAUUGGGGACAUAAGAUGUGCUCAGCAUUUAAAAAACGUCUUUGAUAGCUACAAGCUAAAAUGAUGUCAAUAAAAUCAUAAAGUAUG